AUGAGUCUCAACUACAAAGUCUUCAGCAGCACACGUCCCGGCGUGAACCGGUCCACACCAGCCGGUCGCGAUCAUCUCAAGUGGGUGCCGACCACUUCGACCUUAAUAUUUGGUCAAAGGGACGCAGUGCUGGUCGAUACCCAGUUAACCAAGGCUGCUGCGAAGGACUUGGUGGACUGGGUGGUAGGUACGGGAAAAAACCUCACGACUAUUUAUAUCUCCCAUGCCCACGGCGAUCAUUUCUAUGGCACCGGUGCCCUCCUCGAGAAAUUUCCAGAGGCAAAAGUCUUGGCUACGCGCGAGACUGUUUCUCGGAUGGUCGAAGCCAUAAACCCAGAAGGCAUGGACGGCUUUUGGAGAAAGCUCUUUCCUGGGGAGAUCCCAGAAAAGCUCGUGAUGGCUACACCUCUUGAGAAAGACCACAUCAUGUUGGAAAACGAGCGAUUGGAAGCAGUUAGACUGGGCCAUACAGACACCGAUGAUACAACGGCUCUCUGGGUGCCUACAAUUGGCUUGGUAGUCGCGGGAGACGCGGUCUACAACAACACGCACCCGUUCCUUGGAGAAUCAAAGUCCCAGGAGGCCAGAUCGCGAUGGGUGGCAGCGCUCGACAAGAUCUUGACCCUUGGACCAAAAAUUGUGGUUGGUGGUCAUAGUGAUCCAACCAAGGGAUAUUCUCCCGAUGCCGUCCAAGCGACCAAGGAUUACCUGAAUGACUUCACGCGACUGGAUGGACAAACGUCCUCUCCCGAGGAAUUGUAUUCCCGAAUGUUGGAACUGCAUCCUACUCGAUUGAAUGUCGGCUCGCUAUGGGGAGGUGCAAUGGUUGUGAAGAAAUAG